UAUCAGAAGCACUUCUGGCCCACCUAACCUAAUCUAUGAUCAGCUCGGUGUGUGUCUCAUCUUACCGUGGGCGCAAAUCAGGGAACAAGCCACCCUCCAAAACAUGCCUGAAGGAAGAGAUGGGCAAAGGAGAAGAGUCCGACAAGAUCACGAUCAACGUGGGGGGCACCCGGCAUGAGACCUACAAGAGCACUUUGCGCACCCUGCCUGGCACCCGCCUGGCCUGGCUGGCGGAUCCUGAUGCCCAGAGCAAUUUUGACUUUGAUGGGAAAAGCAAUGAGUUUUUCUUUGACCGCCACCCAGGCAUUUUCUCUUAUGUCUUGAACUACUACCGCACAGGUAAACUACACUGCCCGGCGGACAUCUGUGGGCCCCUCUUUGAAGAGGAGCUGACUUACUGGGGCAUUGACGAGACUGAUGUGGAGCCUUGCUGCUGGAUGACUUACAGGCAGCACAGAGAUGCGGAGGAAGCCCUGGAUAUCUUCGAGAGCCCUGAGCCUGGCAGUGGGCUGACUGGGGAAGAGAUGGAAGAUGAAGGGGCCCGGGAAAUGACCCUUCAACACCUGGGCAUGGAGGAUAGGCCUCCUGGGGCCUCAGGAGGAGGAGGAUGUGGCUGUUGUCGGAAUUGGCAGCCAAAGAUGUGGGCACUUUUUGAGGAUCCCUAUUCAUCAAAGGCAGCCCGGAUCAUUGCCUUUGCUUCACUUUUUUUUAUUCUGGUAUCCAUCACAACUUUUUGUCUGGAGACACAUGAAGCCUUCAUCAUAGACACCAAUGUGACUGAGACCCUAGUAGUGGGCAACACAACUGAGAUUGUUGUGAUGAAAAAGAUGGAGACAGAGCCUAUUCUCACUUGUAUUGAAGGAGUUUGUGUGCUGUGGUUCACUCUGGAGUUUCUGGUGCGCAUUGUUUGCUGCCCGGAUAAAUUGAUCUUCAUUAAGAACCUUCUUAACAUCAUUGACUUUGUAGCCAUUCUACCCUUCUACUUAGAGGUGGGACUCAGUGGCCUAUCAUCCAAAGCUGCACGAGAUGUGCUGGGCUUCCUGAGGGUAGUUCGUUUUGUCAGAAUCCUCCGGAUCUUCAAGCUGACCCGCCAUUUUGUGGGACUUCGGGUGUUGGGCCAUACACUCCGGGCCAGUACUAAUGAAUUCCUCCUUCUCAUCAUCUUCUUGGCUCUAGGAGUUUUAAUUUUUGCUACCAUGAUCUAUUAUGCCGAAAGGAUUGGUGCCAAGCCAUCUGAUCCUAGUGGUAGUGACCAUACCCACUUUAAGAAUAUUCCCAUUGGAUUUUGGUGGGCAGUGGUAACCAUGACAACUUUGGGUUAUGGAGACAUGUAUCCCAAAACCUGGUCAGGUAUGUUGGUGGGAGCUCUUUGUGCCCUGGCUGGUGUUCUUACCAUUGCUAUGCCUGUUCCAGUCAUUGUCAACAACUUUGGAAUGUAUUACUCAUUGGCCAUGGCGAAGCAAAAGCUCCCAAAGAAGAAAAAGAAGCACAUACCCCGUCCAGCACCACUUGACUCUCCAACGUUCUGCAAAUCGGAGGACAACUCACCUCACAACAGUAUUCAGAGUUACAACAGUCCUCUAACAGCAGCAACAGCAGCUGGGGUGAUGGAGAGGAAAAGAUCAGACACCAAGCAGAAUGGAGAUGCCAAUGUGGUCCUGUCAGAUGAAGAUCAACCUCUUUCGUCACCCCAAGAGGAGAAGCAACUCAUGAGGGGCUCAAGUACCAGGGACAAAAACAAGAAAGCAGCAACCUGUUUUCUCCUGAGCACUGGAGAUUUCUCUUGUGCUUCUGAUGGUGGCAUCCGGAAAGGACUCUUGAAUCCUCAGUGACUGUCACUAGAAGCUGGGAUUGGCUCAAGAAAUGUUCCUGUUAAAAAUGUAUACAAGGAGAAUGUAAGCUGGAAGGACCUAUCAAUUUGCUGUAAUCCUGCUUGCUGUGUAUUCAAUAUAUAAAAAUGUAUCUGAGACAUCCAGGGUUACUCCAUACUAUCAAUGUCAAGAUGGGCUGUCAACCAGUACAAGCAUUUGGAAUGUUUCACAAUCAGCGUUUUAUUGUGUGGACCAACUUGUUGGCCAGCAUUGCUGCUAUUUCACUGUAGAAAUGUGAAUGGUUCCUGGACUUCAUUACAGAUGGACACUGCUAAUCUUAGAUACCUUCCAGCAGACUCCUGCAGAUGCUUCAACAUGUAAGUGCCAACCUAGCAUUGUCUGCAGAUAGUAUUUUGUUUUAGACUCUACUGUGUGUAUUCCUGGCUUCUUCAGUAGGAAAUUCCCUUUCUGUAUAUGAUAUUCAUGGAACUAUUUGGGAAUUUGAAGCCACAAGAUGUUGCAAGGUGAAAGUAGCUUGUGGAUGUAUUUAAGGAAAAAGAAGAACCAUUAGACUGUUUCCCCCUCAGUGCUGUUACUGCAUUCCCAGACAGUAUUUAGAACUAUUAUCUUCUGUGCUGUACACAUGGCUCUUCUUGUCAAACUAUAAAAAAGUCUUAAUAAAAAGAU